CUCCCUGGUGAAGCUCUGCUCUCGUCUGUGUCUUGUGAAGAACUACAUGUCCCAAACUGCUUUGCUACACGUGAACCUUGCUCGAAUCCAUAUGUCUCAGUUGUCACGGUGAACAUCCCAUACCGCUGACAUAUUGGAGCUCAUCUGACUGCUGUUUUCAAUCAGACUUGGGCGACUAUAAGAAUCCUCGGGCCACACACAACUCUACCUGAAGUCAAACACAAAGAGGGCAGCAGAAAGGUUUGAGCUCUGCGGCCAUGUUUGCUCUUAGCUGUUUCGUAUUGGUUGGACUGGUAUGUCAAAGUUUGGGCCAGUACGAAUAUGACGAUUACUAUUCCCCCGCAGGACUGGAGGUAAUAUCAUCUCCUGGCUGUGCCCCAGAAUGUGACUGCCCGAUCAACUUUCCCUCUGCCAUGUACUGCAAUGAACGCAACCUGAAGUUCAUCCCCAUCGUGCCAAUUGGAAUCAAAUACCUCUACCUGCAGAACAACAACAUCGAGGAGGUAAAAGCCGGCGUGUUUGAUAAUGCCACCGACCUUCGCUGGCUUGUUCUCGACAACAACAUCAUCACCAGUGACAAGAUCCAGGCUGGUACCAUUGAUAAACUGAGCAAACUGGAGAAGCUCUAUUUUAGUCAUAACAAGCUAACCAAACCCCCCGGCCCUCUGUCUAAGUCUCUGGAUGAGUUGAAGUUGACUGACAACCAGCUCAGUUCGUUCCCCUCCAACGCUUUGUCUGGCAUGGAAAACCUGACCACCGUCCACCUGUCGAAGAACAAAUUGACCACCGAGAGCAUUACGGGUGCCUUCAAGGGUUUGAAGUCUCUCGUUCUGCUAGAUGUCAGUGAGAACAAGCUGAAGAAACUUCCUUCAGGUGUUCCAGCUUCGUUGUUGAUGCUCUACGCCGAUAAUAAUGACAUCGACAGCAUCCCAAAUGGCUACCUGGCUAAGCUUCCAAACCUGCAGUAUUUGCGUGUUUCCCACAAUAAAUUGGUGGAUUCGGGAAUCCCUGCGGGUGUGUUUAACGUGUCCUCUCUUCUCGAGCUGGACUUGUCCUUCAACAAGUUGAAGACCAUUCCGGAAAUCAACGAAUCUCUCGAGCACCUGUACCUGCAAGUCAAUGAGAUAGACAAAUUCGAACUGUCUAAUAUCUGCAAGUUCAGCUCCCCCGUCAAUUACUCCAGACUGAAAACCCUGCGUUUGGAUGGAAACAACGUCACGCACAGCAGCAUGCCAGACGACACCUCCAACUGCCUACGCCAGGCCUCGGAGAUCAUUUUUGAAUAGGGUCACUAUCACGAUGUGAGGUCAAUGAUACCCAAAACGUAUUAAGGCUAUUGUUCUUUUUAGACACUUCGGCAUCUAUAUGUCCUUAACCACAUCUUUGCAACCAUCUUUUGCUGUUUGUUUGCACAUUGACAACAAUAUUAACUCUCCAAAAUGUUUAUGAAAACAUUUUGGCUGCAAUUGCAGUGAAAUCGUGAAAAUCUGGCACAUAAUAAAUCACAGUUUGGAAUGAUACUGUGUUAGGAGUGGUAGUAGCAUUUGAAAAAAUAAACUGUACUACCUUUUCACAAAGCUUUUGAACAAAUACUAAGAUGUUACAAUCUAAAGAGAAACACAGGUGUAAAAAAAAAAGUUAAUAUACUGUAGCUUAUUGUCAUCUAAUGUCAUUGUAGAUGUCAUUUAAUUUCAUUUUAAUUGUUCCGCAUGUUAAACAUCUUAAUCAAUAAUGUUUUAUUAUUGUAAUCAUAUUAUUCAUAAAGCUGUCAGUAAGGAAUUCAGAUUGAACAACUAUUACAUAUCACAAACUUUUUUUUGCAACUUUUUUUAGUAUAAUUUCUGUAAGUAAGAGAAGAAAUAUGGCUAUGCAAAUAUUCUGAGGUUAAGGUAAAACUUUUUGUUUCAAAGAUACGUUUUUAUUUAACUAUAAAGGAUUGCAGUGCCAAAAUGUUUAUUCAUAGCAAACUAGUAGCGUAAUAUGUUCUCAACACUGCCAACAUUUAUACUGUAUUCUAUCUGCAUGCAAUUCAUCAUACCGUUUGUAACAGUAAUUGUUUACUAUUCUACAGCUUUGUUUUUUUUUUAUUAAUUUAAUACACCAUUUAACGUCAUCAUUAUGUCACUGAAAUUAAUGAGGCCUUGGAUUACAGUAACUUUGGCACACUGUUUUGUAAAAUUCCCUGAUUUGUUGUUGUUUAGUGGAAAAAUACAAGUUUGUUCAUCUUUAAUUGAAUAAAUCAGAUUUCUUAUAUGUGUGGGGAAA